AUGGCACUAACGCAGUCUUCUAGUGCGCCUCUGCGCUGUGUGCAAGGCGGCGUAGGAGAUGCGUCUUACGCGGACGGGACGGGGCAGGUGCCCGGGCGCAUCAACGGGGCCUCCGCGACACCGCUGCUGACGGAGGAGGCGGUGCAGAGCAGCAUCGCGACGUUCGAGGAUGCGGCCUGGGUGCGGGAAGAGGCGGUGCGCAGCUUCGCAGAGUUCCACAACAACGUCGAGUCGCUGCACGCAACCAUGCGCACGCAACUGCGGCCGGUGUGGAGGACAGCGAUGCAGCUGCGCCCUGACAUCCUCGCUGACGUGCGAGACGAGUGGCGCCUCCGCCGACGUGACAUCAUUCCAGACGGCAUCCCGAUCCCUGCCGCCGCCGUGCAGCACAUCGCGCGGCAGGAGACCAUACUGAGUGAGGUGGAGGACACGCUGCAGGCGCUGCGCAACACGUCGGUCCGCUUCGCCGCUCAUUUCCUGUCGGAUGAAGAGAAGAUCUCCAUGGGCGCGAACCCCGCUUACCUACGCGCUCCGGACAUCGACAAGGAGGUGGUGGUGUCACGCUCGCAGAGUACGUCCACCUCGACACAGCGCGCGGUGCCAGCAAGUGUGAUCUCAUUUCCCUCGUCUGCAGGAGCUGUGGCGAGUGCCCACGUAAAGCCUUCCGGGUCUAGUGCUGCUGCUGCUGCCGUCCACACCCCACGUGAGGAAUACAGUCGUCGUUAUCAGGGAAGCCGUGCGCAGCACUACCACCACCAACACGACGACGAAGCGGGGCUGGUGAGCUCCAGCUCGAACCGGCACAUGUGCAGUGGGAAGUCCUCCUGUGCGAGCCGGGGUGCCAGCGAUGAUCCUCUGUUGGAGGAGCUGCGCAAGCAGUAUCAGCUGCGCACUAGGGAGCUGAAGGCGCAGAAUGAGGCGGGGGGAAGCCGUCGAAGCGAGCCCGGUGCAUCGCGAUCAGCGGCAGAGGCACCACCGCGGCGCGGUAAUCGGGCCCGAGUCGCCGCGUCGAGAUCAUUGUCUCUAACUUCGAGGGCUUCAUCGGCGUCUGCAAGUGUAUUGACCAGCUCCAGCUCGACAGGGUCUCGUCGCUGA